AUGGCCUCGCGUGCCGCGCCCUUGACAGAGGCUGAGAAGGAGCACUUUCGUCAACGCGGUUUCCUCCAUCUCAAGGAAUGCUUCACUCCAGAGCAAGCGGCGAGCAUUACCAAAGAUGUCUGGGUGCGACUAGGGGUCGACCCAUCCGACAAAUCCACGUGGACCAAGUCCAAAGUCAACAUGCCAAAUCACAAUGCGUUCCUUGCCAAAGACUUUGCGCCAAAAGCUUGGUCAGCCAUCGCAGAGCUUUGCGGAGGAGAUGAGCGUAUCAAUGACAAGAGCCGGUAUUGGCGCGAUGGACUCAUCGUGAACCUCGGGAGCGAGCAGAACGAGGGCAAAGAGUUCCACCCGCACGACCUCGAUAAUUGGCAUGUCGAUGGCGAUUUUUUCGUCCACUACCUCGACAGUCCGGAACAAGCCCUGUUGGUCGUUGUCCUGUUCUCCGAUAUUGCUCCCGGCGGUGGUGGCACCAUGAUCUGUCCAGAAGCUAUCCCCAAGGUCGCGAGAUAUUUGUAUGACCACCCACAAGGCGUUUCGCCGAGGAUGAAGCCACGAGGGCAUGCCGAGUUCAAACGAGAAAAGGAUUUGGACUGGUUCAUCGACAUUGCCAAGUCGUGUACCGAUUUCGUGGAGGUGACUGGCGAGAUUGGCGAUGUUUAUCUCCUGCAUCCCCUGAUGCUUCACAGCGCAACGUUUAAUCCAAAGCGACAGAUACGGAUCAUAACGAAUCCGCCAGUGUCGCUCAAAGAGCCGUUUAUGUUCAAUAGAGCCGAUGGCGCGUAUAGCCUAGUCGAACAGACGACAUUGAGGGCUCUGGGUCAGGAUCACCUCGGAGAGUGGAGGAUCACGGCGGAUCGAGAGCUCAUUGUGCCAGAGAGGAUGAAGGACGCAAAUAAAAUGAAACAAGAAGAGUUGGAGAGGCUGGCACAAGCUAAGACAGCUGCUGCCGCAUAG